AACUCAUAAAAUGGGAUGGAAAUACCCCUGAGCAGUUCCGAUAAAAUUGAGGAAGAGAAGGCAUCAGAAAGUUUUAAUGAUGGAGGAAAAGAUGUCGAAGUAGAAAUAUUCGACAAAUACUUGGACCUUUUGAAAGAUGAAAUCGCUAUAGGGGAUGCUGCGGCAGCUUAUGCCCUGAAAAACAUCCACCUCAUCGCUGAGGAGCUCGGGCAAGCCUUAUCCAGAGACCGCUUGGUGCCACUACUCUCAGAGGCUCAAGAAUCGGUUGAGACGUGCUUAUUGACUUCGUUCUGCGAUGCUUGGUACGCGCUGUCAAAAUGUAUCGGGGCAGAUAGCCUGGCUCCAAUUGUAAAUUCGCUAGAAUUUAUGUUGAACCAGGAAGAACCGACCGUUAGAAAUGCUGCCAUAGAAAUAAUUACAAAGAUAAUAGAUGAUCAUAAACCAGCUGACUCGCCAUCUUUUGAGUUGGUUGACACGGUAUUGAUCCAAAUGGUACAAAGACUAGUCUCAAAUGAGUGGUUCGCAGGAGCUACAUCAGCAUGUUACAUGAUCCCAAAGAUUUAUAAAUUUGCAUCAGAAGGAUGUCAAAAUGAACUUCGACAGUCAUUUCAACAGCUAUGUGAAGCUGAAAUGUAUACAGUGAAAUUGGCGGCUGCACGCAAUUUGAAAGAUAUAAUUCAACAGGUGGAACUAGACCAUGCUAUUUCAAUGUUUUGGCUAGUUUUGAAAAACAUGUCAAUCGAAAAUCAAGAGGACUUGAGAUCCCACGCAGUUGAAAGUUGUAUUGUUUUUGCACAAAGAUGUACACCAGAGCAAAAUUUGAAUUUCAACUACCCGAUUCUAAAAGCUGCGGCGCAGGACUCCUCAUGGAAAGUUAGAGAUUUCAUUGCUCGGAUUUUCCAGAAAAUAUAUGAUACUCUCGGGGAAGAUGAAGUGCGUGAGCAUCUAUUAGACUCCCAUUUGGGCCUUUUGGUAGAUCCUAAUGAUAUGGUAAAGACUAGUACAAUAGAAUCGUUUUCGGAGUGGUCUGGUAUAUUGUCUCUGGAAAUGAUUCGACUUUACAUUCCGACUCUAGAUUUGCUUGCUAAAAACUCGCCAAAGGAAAUCAGACAGAGCGUUUGUAAGGCUUUGGCGCUAUUUGCAAUGAAGUUGAAUAAGGAAGAUGUGAAGCUUAUAGUUGCCCCUACUAUGAUUUAUCUUCUCAAUGAUUUGUACAUGGAUGUAAGAUUAUGUGUCUUACAAAACAUCCAUUUGAUAUGUGAUAGAGAAGAUUUUUAUGGAAUUAUCGGUGACAAGUUGAUUGAAACAGUAGAUAAGGUUAUUGAAAAUCCACAGUGGAGACAUCGCCUAGUGAUAGCUGAACAAUUGACAAGUUUUUUUAGCCACUUUGGAAGUAGUAUUUUUGAAAACAAUUUUUCGAGUGUGCUCUUUAAACUGUUAUUGGACAGCGUUUGGAAGGUUAGAAACGCGGUGCUCAUCAGCCUUGAGAAGAUUUGUAAUGAGUGUGGUAGUAUAUGGGCUGUAAAGUAUAUCCUAGGUGAACUUUUGAUUUUGUAUUAUAAGCCAGAGGCUUCUGUAUAUGCUGGAAAUACAUCAUACUCCUUGAGGAUUACUAUGAUUCAAGCAUUAGUGGCGGUUGCGAAAUCUAUUGAUGCUGCAAACAUGAUGACUCACAUUAUGCCCUUACUCAUGAAGGCAGUUUCGGACCCAAUUCCGAACAUUCGUUUCGUUGCAGUGAAUGCUAUGAGUAAUCUCUUUGUGAUUUACAAGAAUGAGGACCCUGAGAUGUUUUUUCAGGCAAAAUGUGCCCUUGUAAAACUGACGAAAGAUACGGAUAUCGACGUUCAAUACUAUUCCAAGAGGGCUUUGGAGACGUAUAUUAGCUCGUUUAGCAAAUCAUCGGAAAUAUAA